AGAACGAGGCCCACUCCGAUUUCGAAUCAGAUUCCUCCGACCUCAAACAAACAGCGAAGCAGCCUCAAAACACUAUAAAAAGAGAGACUUUGCAAAUCAAUUUGUCCAGCAACACAGCUCGAGGGAGAGAGAGAGAGAGAUAGAGAGGGACUCUUCUGGGUGUCCUCCAAUCUCUCUCUCGGAGAACGUUCCUUGAUCCUCAUCGCCUCCUCUCUCGUAACGUCCGACCAGAAUCAGAAUCUCUUCACAUCGUUCGUAUGCUCUGCUCUGACUCUUUUAACUAUAUGUAUUUCAGUUUCGUUGUUGGUCUCUACGGUGAAAACUUCAGUUUUUUUGGGACACCCGUCUCGUCAAAAUCCAGUCUUUGCCUCUUAAGCUCUUGAAUUUUGGCUAUGAGAUGGUGAAUGGGGGUUGAUUGAGUGAACCUCGUCAAAAGCUUGCUUCUGAUAUGCCUUUUUUUUCGCGUUCACAGGAGAAUUCUCAGCUGUCUGUGAUUAAGAGGGGUUGUUUAUUUUGUAGAAGGAUUUGAUUGGAACGUCGGAAGCAAGUGCUUGUGGACAAGGGUUUGAUCAUGGGCAGGAAAGAUUUGCAGCUUUUUGAUGAUAGGAAGGAUGGGUUCUUCUCUAUUAAUAACUUGGGCUAUCAAUGGAGUUCUGUCGAUCCUGAUAUGUAUCCUGGAGGUGGUUUAUUUGCCAGUGUAGGCCAAAUGGGGAUGAAGUUCGGUUUAUCGCCGAGUUCGCCUAAUACCGGUGAUAACGGGGGCUUGAAUAGCCUAAAACUAGCCUGCCCCGAUUUGAUGAUUAAGUACGUGUCGACUCCGGAGGGUAUUCGGAUUGUUGGGGUCCCGGAGGAGGAAGAAACUGUGGGAAAUAAAAAGAAUGGGCUUAAAUUGAAAAUAAAGGUGAAAAACCCUUCGUUGAGGAGGUUAAUCAGCGGAGCAGUGGCUGGGGCUGUGUCACGGACUGCAGUAGCGCCAUUGGAGACUAUAAGGACACAUCUGAUGGUAGGAAACAGUGGGCAUUCUAGUACCGAGGUGUUCCAGAAUAUUGUGAAGACUGAUGGGUGGAAGGGAUUGUUUAGGGGUAAUUUGGUUAAUGUGAUUCGGGUUGCCCCUAGCAAGGCCAUAGAGCUAUUUGCAUAUGAUACGGUCAACAAGCAGCUGUCACCCAAACCCGGGGAGCAGCCAAAACUUCCAAUUCCUGCAUCAUUGGUUGCCGGGGCCUGUGCGGGUAUCAGUUCAACGUUAUGCACAUACCCUCUCGAGCUAGUCAAAACUCGUCUUACGAUACAGAGAGGGGUUUACGAUGGUCUCUUUGACGCAUUUGUGAAAAUAGUAAAGGAGGAGGGUCCAGCAGAGCUCUACAGAGGCCUCGGGCCUAGCGUCAUUGGCGUCAUCCCAUAUGCUGCCACCAACUAUUUCGCCUAUGACACAUUGAGAAAAGCAUAUAGGAAGGUUUUCAAGCAAGAGAAGAUCGGAAACAUCGAGACCCUCCUGAUUGGAUCCAUGGCCGGGGCUAUUUCGAGCAGUGCGACUUUCCCGCUGGAGGUGGUGCGUAAGCACAUGCAGGUCGGGGCCUUGAGCGGGAGAAAGGUGUAUAGGGACGUGAUCCACGCUUUCACGAGCAUACUUGAGCAUGAAGGAAUCGGGGGCUUAUAUAGAGGGUUGGGCCCGAGCUGCAUGAAGUUGGUGCCGGCUGCUGGGAUAUCUUUCAUGUCCUACGAAGCAUGUAAGAGGAUAUUGGUGGAGGAUGACGAGGAUGCAUAGAAAUAGAAUUUGCAAGGAGCAGGGAGUUUUGGUUUUCGGUUUUUUGACGAAGAGGAGCUGGUCUUGGGACACCUUUUAGUUAUUAGUCGUAGGCAUUUUCAUGUUUUACAUGUUGUCUUUCCCGUUUUGCAUCUUUUUCAUAUGUGGGAGGUCGCAAUCGACUCAUUGUCACAAUUUUUCAAGGUGAGUAAUGAUUUUUUAUU